CCCACCUCAGACUACUGCUGUUUGUCUGUGUGUGUUGAUAAAAAUGGCCGCAAUGGAAGGGUACCUCAGCAAGUGGACGAAUGUGAUGAAAGGGUGGCAGUACCGCUGGUUCAUCCUUGAUGACAAUGCCGGCGUUAUGUCCUACUACACAUCCCGAGAGAAAAUGGUGCGAGGAGUGAGACGCGGUUGUGUAAGACUCAAAGGUGCCGUCAUAGGGAUAGACGACGAAGACGACAGCACUUUCACAGUCACGGUCGACGGGAAAACCUUCCAUUUUCAAGCAAGAGACGGCGACGAGAGGGAGGCCUGGGUUCGCUCCCUGGAGGACACGAUCUUGCGACACGCUCAAGCCGCUCACCGGCGGUGGGACCCGAGUAAGCCAGCGCCAACGGUCAAAGAUUUUGACAAAAAGCUCGUCGAGGCGGACGCUUACUUGCAAAUUGUGAUAGACCAAGUGAGGAGGAUAGACGAGCACAUCGCCAAAAGUGUGGACGAGGAGAGCCGCAUCCGCUGCGAAAACAUCAAGCAGCAUGCCGAGGACAUGCUCGAGAACGUCAAGCACACGAUAGCCCUGCUGCAAAUCGCCAAGAGCACCGCACAUCCUGUGAAUGGAAUUUACCAGGGGCCCAUCACGCCUCUGGCUGCGGUCGACAGCAGACAGGCAGCAAGGGUGGCAGCAGACUUUACAGAACUUUUUAGUGACCCAGUUGUUAUGCCUCUGAUAGAUCCAGUUCAGCCCGGCAUUGAGUUAGGCGCAGAGUGCAUGGAUUCCUCUUUGAACGCGAGCAGUCUAGCAGCCAUUACCAGCUUGGGUGUUCCUGAGACGUCGUAUUCCAGCUCGGACGAGGAGGACUUUUUCGACGCCAAUGACUAUUCGCAUUCCUCUUCUCUGCCUGUCUCCCCUACAGGUUUACCUAUCAGCUUGUCACGGAGAGAGUCGCAGGCGAGAGACGCGGCGUCUUCCUCGUCGACAACCGUGUCAGGGUCUGGCCCGGUGGCAGCAAAUGAGGGUGGCGGCUCGAGAGCACCACCCCUCUACAAGAGCGAUGGCUCUCUCGACUAUGAUGGUAAAGACUCCAGCUUAGCCCUCUACGAGGAUGACGAGGAACAAGACUUGGUCAGCAUGGAGUGUAAUGGCUCGGUGGUCAGCCAUUUGUUGUCGCAAGUCAAGAUCGGCAUGGAUCUUACCAAAGUCGCACUGCCAACUUUCAUUCUCGAGAGGCGAUCCUUGCUAGAGAUGUAUGCUGACUACUUCGCACACCCAGACCUGUUCGUCAGCAUUGCUGACUUUACGGACCCCAGGGACAGAAUGGUGCAAGUUGUGCGUUGGUAUCUGAGUUCCUACCACGCGGGCAGAAAGUCAGCCGUAGCCAAGAAGCCUUAUAACCCUGUGCUGGGCGAGAUGUUUAAAUGCUGGUGGGACGUACCAGGCAUCACUGGCUGCUCAAACUCGCCCACGGCCAAGGACGAGGUCAAGGAUGGUCCCAUUCCGUGGUGCACCCAGGACCAGUUGGUCUUCUUGUCAGAGCAGGUUUCUCAUCAUCCGCCAAUUUCUGCUUUUUACGCUGAGCACUAUGAUAAGAGAAUAAGUUUUUGUGCUCACGUGUGGACAAAAUCAAAGUUCCUCGGGUUAUCCAUCGGUGUGCACAACGUUGGACAGGGCUGUGUGUCUGUGUUAGACUAUGACGAAGAAUACAUUGUGACAUUUCCAAACGGCUACGGAAGGUCCAUUCUGACAGUGCCGUGGAUCGAGUUGGGAGGAACAGUGACGGUAACAUGCAAUAAGACUGGUUACAACGCCACCAUAGAGUUCCUCACGAAACCGUUCUACGGCGGCAAGAAGAACCGAGUGUCGGCCGAGGUUUUCGCGCCGGCAGAGAAGAAACCGUUUCUCACUGUGCAAGGAGAAUGGAAUGGUGCAAUGGAGGCCAAGUGGCCCGAUGGACGGACGGAAUUGUUCGUGGACGUGAACAAAAUACCCAUUAUUAAAAAAUGUGUGAAACCAAUCAUUGAGCAGGAAUCAAACGAGUCUCGAAUAGUCUGGAAAGAAGUGACUGCGGGUUUAAGGCUGAACGAUCUGGAUCGGGCGCACGAGGCAAAAACUACGAUAGAGCAAAGACAGCGAGAUUUAGUGCUCCAGAGGAAAAAUACAAACGUUGCUUGGGAAACUCAGGUAUUCCACGAGGCAGGCGAGAAUUGGGUUUACAAGAAUCCUUUGUCCCACCGAGCGAAGCCCUCGACAAAUAACACCAAGAAGAAGAUUCGAUAAAAGUGCAAAAAUGAAGUGAGAACGCGAGAGUGAACAGUAGCCUGGGACCAUUUUACAGUUUUCACUCUUAGUGAUAAGAAAAGUGACUUUCAAAUUUCCUCUUUGCUAGUUACAUGUGCAUCGGUUUUGUGAUUUCGUUAUUGGGACAACGCGUUUUUUUAUGUCACCGAUCAAGCGUUUUGUAGAUUUGUUUAACUCUAAAGUAGCAGUUUGUGAACAACUGAAUACUCAGGCCUAUUUGUGAGAAAUGGCACUACUCCCACCUCCACGAUUUUUGCAACUGGAACACCACUUCUCGCCACUUCCACCGUAUUUUCACUCGCAGUUGUUAGUAAAGCAAAGGCUUGAGCCGUCCAAUCCAAGGCAAAACUUCCCCCGCAAAUAAUUUCCGGCCGUCCAGCUCAGCUGCCCCUCAUCGGUCGAUGCGAAAAUUGACACCACUCAUGCUAACUUUCGUCUAAUUCAUUUCUAGUAGAAGCGUGCCAUGGCCUAAGUGGCUCAAAAUCCCAUUUUAUCUGCACUAGAAAAUAUUUUCACAUUUUGUCAAGCCAAAAUUGUUGCUCAUACCAAAAUGAUAUUCACAGGUUUCGGCUAGUACAUCGUUUCAUGCUUCUUGCAAUUUUUUAGAUUCUUACCUUUCUCGCGAAAAAACCCGAAAUUCGUGCAAUUCAUAUAUCACGUAAUGAGGAGCAUAAAUUAAAUAUUUAAGGUCUUUAUCCAUAUCAGAAUAAUUACUGCGGUUCCUUUUCACGGCUUAUACUGCUUCACGUGCCACACUAUAAACAAAAUUCAAAAUUUUACUUCCCCCUGACGCGGAGUAAUAUUCAAAUGCAACACAAGACAAGAAUUUUACCGCUUGCAGCUUACGACUGUGUUCAAACUAUUCCACUCCUUUUGUGACAGUUAACGUACGUAAAUCUAACGACACACAACAUGCAUAUUCAAAAAGCAGUUUGAUAGACUGUAUAAUUAAAUUUUUGCACAACUAUCAGAUGAAGCAUGUGCAUCAAGUAUAGUAAAAAAAAUGGUAUCAGCACAUUACUAUAUUAAAAUUGAAUACACAUGGAAAACGCAGUACACUAUUAAAAUUACGCAGGUUGCACAUGAAAAAGAAAUCUAUUUGAGCAGGUGCAAAUGGUUCUUGAAGAAUGAACGGAUCUUUCGAAUUGCAUCAUUAGUUCUGUAUUAAAUUUGUUUUUUGACCGAAGCGCAAUAAGCUGAAGGUAUACUAGUAUCUCCUAGGGUGGUUUUGGGAAAAAAUGAAAUAAAAUUAUAGAGGAAACCUGACAAACCGUAAAAAUAUAUGACGAAGAAAAUUAAUUGAUCCUUGCGAUGUAAUAUAACCACAUGUAUGCAAUGAAGUCUGUUACAAGAGUAUGAAAAUAUAUUAACUGUUAACGAUUU